AUGAAGUUUCUUAUGUUAGGGACUCCUAGAGAACCACCUCAGUAUCAGACCACCUGCAUGCAUUUCAUGCAUAUUAACCACCUGCCUACUCUGAGUUCACCAGCUUCAAAUGCAGGAGCAGCAGAAAAGAGUUCUAAGCAUGGUGCCGAAGACAAGACACAGACCAUCAUUACAGCUAUGAAAGAAAGAAUGAAGAUUAGGGAGAAAAACAGGCCAGAGGUGUUUGAAGUAAUUCAGGAAAUGUUUCAUAUUUCUAAAGAAGAUUUCGUGCAGUACACAAAAGCGGCCAAGCAGAGUGUACUGGAUGGGACAUCUAAGUGGUCAGCAAAAAUAACCAUUACAGUGGUUUCUGCACAAGGCUUGCAGGCAAAAGACAAAACAGGGUCUAGUGACCCAUAUGUUACUGUUCAAGUUGGAAAGAACAAAAGAAGAACUAAAACCAUUUUUGGAAACUUGAAUCCAGUAUGGGAUGAGAAGUUUUACUUUGAGUGCCAUAACUCCACAGAUCGAAUCAAAGUCAGAGUGUGGGAUGAAGAUGAUGACAUUAAAUCCAGAGUCAAGCAGCAUUUCAAAAAGGAGUCAGAUGAUUUUUUGGGACAAACAAUUGUAGAAGUGAGGACCCUGAGUGGAGAGAUGGAUGUCUGGUACAACUUAGAGAAACGGACAGAUAAGUCAGCUGUAUCUGGGGCCAUAAGAUUGAAAAUCAAUGUGGAGAUAAAAGGAGAGGAGAAGGUUGCCCCAUAUCAUAUACAAUAUACAUGUUUACAUGAGAAUCUGUUCCAUUACUUGACUGAAGUGAAGUCUAAUGGUGGAGUGAAAAUACCAGAGGUCAAAGGGGAGGAAGCGUGGAAGGUUUUCUUUGAUGAUGCUUCCCAAGAAAUAGUCGAUGAAUUUGCCAUGCGUUACGGGAUUGAAUCCAUUUAUCAAGCUAUGACGCACUUUUCAUGUCUGUCUUCUAAAUACAUGUGCCCUGGUGUCCCUGCUGUCAUGAGCACCUUGUUGGCGAAUAUAAAUGCUUUCUAUGCUCACACAACAGUUGCAACAAAUGUACAGGUUUCUGCCUCAGAUCGAUUUGCUGCUACCAACUUUGGUAGGGAAAAAUUCAUAAAACUAUUGGAUCAGUUGCAUAACUCUUUAAGGAUUGACCUGUCAAAGUAUAGGGAAAACUUCCCAGCCAGCAAUGCUGAACGACUGCAAGACCUGAAAUCAACUAUUGACCUACUAACAAGUAUCACCUUCUUCAGGAUGAAGGUUCUGGAGCUGCAAAGUCCCCCAAAGGCCAGCAUGGUGGUGAAGGACUGUGUUAGGGCGUGUCUGGAUUCUACAUACAAGUAUAUUUUUGACAAUUGCCAUGAACUCUAUUCCCAACUAAUUGAUCCGAAACAGGACAUUCCUCGGGAAGAUCAGGGACCAUCUACCAAGAAUUUGGAUUUUUGGCCCCAGCUUAUUACACUGAUGGUCACUAUUAUUGAUGAGGAUAAAACUGCCUACACACCUGUCCUGAAUCAGUUUCCUCAAGAACUGAACAUGGGAAAAAUAAGUGCUGAAAUUAUGUGGACCCUUUUUGCUCAGGAUAUGAAAUAUGCAUUAGAAGAACAUGAGAAGCAGCGGUUAUGCAAGAGCACCGAUUAUAUGAAUUUGCAUUUCAAAGUGAAAUGGUUUUAUAAUGAAUACGUGCGAGAGCUUCCUGCCUUCAAGGAUGCUGUCCCUGAAUAUUCCUUGUGGUUUGAGCCUUUUGUCAUGCAGUGGCUAGAUGAAAAUGAAGAUGUAUCAAUGGAGUUUCUUCAUGGAGCACUAGGAAGAGACAAAAAAGAUGGAUUCCAGCAGACGUCUGAUCAUGCCCUCUUCUCUUGUUCUGUGGUUGAUGUCUUUGCUCAGCUUAACCAGAGCUUUGAGAUUAUUAAGAAACUGGAGUGCCCUAAUCCUGAAGCAUUAUCUCACUUAAUGAGAAGAUUUGCAAAGACUAUCAAUAAAGUACUGCUUCAGUAUGCUGCGAUUGUAUCAAGUGAUUUCAGUUCAUACUGCGAUAAGGAAAAUGUGCCCUGUAUAUUGAUGAACAAUAUUCAACAACUGCGGGUCCAGCUGGAAAAAGUGUUUGAAUCCAUGGGAGGGAAAGAGCUAGAUCCUGAAGCUAGUGCUAUUCUAAAAGAACUUCAAGUUAAACUCAAUGGGGUUCUGGAUGAGCUCAGCAUCACUUAUGGUGAAAGUUUCCAGCUUAUCAUUGAAGACUGUAUAAAACAGAUGAGUUUUGAACUAAACCAAAUGAGAACAAAUGGAAAUACUGCAUCUAAUAAGAACAGUGCAGCAAUGGAUGCAGAGAUUGUGUUAAGACCCCUCAUGGACUUCUUGGACAAAACAUUAAGUCUCUCAGCAAAAAUCUGUGAGAAAACCGUCCUAAAGCGAGUUUUAAAGGAGUUAUGGAAGCUAGUUCUUAACAAAAUAGAAAAACAAAUUGUCCUCCCUCCUCUGACAGAUCAAACAGGACCUCAGAUGAUUUUCAUUGCAGCUAAAGAUCUUGGACAAUUAUCCAAACUGAAGGAGCACAUGAUUCGGGAGGAUGCCAAGGGUCUGACACCAAGACAGUGUGCUGUGAUGGAGGUGGUCCUGGCUACUAUCAAGCAAUACUUUCAUGCAGGAGGAAAUGGCCUGAAAAAGAAUUUCUUGGAGAAAAGCCCAGAUCUUCAGUCUCUGAGAUAUGCUCUCAGUCUUUAUACCCAGACAACUGAUGCCUUGAUAAAGAAAUUCAUAGACACUCAGACCUCACAGAGUCGCCCCUCCAAAGAUUCAGUGGGUCAGAUUUCUGUUCAUGUGGACAUCACCACUACCCCAGGAACUGGAGAGCAUAAAGUCACUGUAAAAGUGAUUGCUAUUAAUGAUCUUAACUGGCAGACCACUGCAAUGUUCAGGCCCUUUGUGGAAGUUUGUAUACUGGGACCCAACCUUGGAGACAAGAAGAGAAGACAAGGCACAAAGACAAAAAGCAACACAUGGUCACCCAAGUACAAUGAAACAUUUCAAUUCAUUCUGGGUAAUGAAAACCGGCCAGGGGCUUAUGAACUUCAUCUAUCAGUUAAAGAUUACUGCUUCGCCCGAGAAGAUAGAAUUAUUGGAAUGACGGUAAUUCGGCUACAGAACAUAGCAGAAAAAGGAAGCUACGGGGCAUGGUAUCCCCUUCUGAAAAAUGUCUCCCUGGAUGAAACUGGUUUGACUAUCCUUAGAAUACUCUCUCAGAGGACCAACGAUGACGUGGCUAAAGAAUUUGUAAGACUGAAAUCUGAAACAAGAUCUGCUGAAGAGAGUGCUUGAAACAAAUACUGCAAGAUAUCAUCUUCAAGAAUUCAUAAACUAUAACUGUUUGACUACUGCAUGCAUGUGCAAAUACAUGGGAAUGUUUAAUAGUUCACUAUGUUUCAGUGUUUGCCAGUACUCAGUGUCCACAAAGUAUGUGGAAAACUUGCUGAACUUUUUAUACCAAUUCUGGUCUUUGGGAAAUAAAUGUUCCAUGAAGUGCCAAAAUUAUGAUGUAAAGUGAAAUAUCCAGCAUAUCUUUUAAAAUGUUUCAUUUCAUUACCAGUUCUCAUCCUUUAAACAUACUAAAACACAAUUAGGUGUUUUUUGUUUUGUUUUGUUUUGUUUUUGGUUUGUCCAUUGUCUUUUAAAUUAGCUUAUAUCACCCAUGGAUCAGAAGGCAUUUGUUACCCACAUUCUGUUUUAUUUAGACUUACCUCAUUGUAGAUGUCAUACAAAGAACUUUUUCUAUCAUAACUAGAAAAACAGUCACUUCUAGAAAGUGUUUGUAAUUUUAUAGUUGCAGAUCUAUUGUGAUGAUUUUUGCAUACAAAUUAAAAUAGAAAAGGUGGGAAAUAUUUUAUGCUGACCAGUUUCCAACCUUUCUGAAAUAUCACUGUGAAGAAAUGCUAUUAAAGCAAACUUAUACAAAGCAAUGCUAAAUAGAGUUUGUUAACAAUGUUUGAUAUAUUGACAAAACUUUGUUCUUUAAAACUGCCAAGGUCACAUCACAUUUGUAAAAAAGGUAAGUUGAUGCAUUUGCCAUCUAGCACUAUGUCUUGGCUUUACCAAAUUUCAUUCUUUAGAAAGUCAUUGGAUUAAGGGUUUAGAAAUGCAAUGGAAGGUUUGUUUCUUCAAAUUACCUAUAAUAAGUAACUAUACUGUUAGUGUUUUCCCUCUGACAGUUAUGACUAUCUCCUUAUUUAUUUAGCACUAUAAUCAUUUAAUUGCUUUUUUCUUUUUAAAACUAGUCAACAAUUUGUACUGAAUGCAGCAUUACUAUAUAUUGCACUGGAGCAAAAAGACAUGUCUUCAUCUAUUUAAUGAAAAAUGUAAAAUAAGGUCUGAGAAAUUGCUUCUAAUUUUGUAAUUUAUGUUAUUUAUGAGCACAAAAGCAUAAGAUACAAUAAGAAAACAACUUAGUACAGCUUAGUACGUAAAAAAUAACUAGAUUGGAUUUUCAUUAUGAAAUAGUUUAUGAAUAUUUGCAUUUUCUGUGUUUUUAUGGUUUGACUUUUUAGAGUCUGUAUCUAAAUACUUGGCUGUACAACAGUACUUCGUAAUUGUACUUAUGGUCAUAACUGUUAGUGGACAACAUACACAUGCAGAAACAAGAAUCUGUUACAAUGAUUGUGUUUUGUGAAUAAGCUGGUCUGAUAUGCUAAGGACAGAAAUGAAUAGUAUCAUGACUCUCAGAACCAUUUUGUUACUGGAUGUAAAAACACAUACGGGAGACAUCCACUAUUUCAUGUUAAAUUGUUAGGCAAUUGCUUUGUUAAUGACUUCUUCAAACACAUAGUACAAUACUAUCCUCUGGCAUAUGCAUUAAUAAAUGGA